ACUCAACGCAUGCACACUAAAAAAGUAGAGAUAGCUUCCCACUAUCUCGAACCAGUCCAUCUCCCCCUCGAAUCACUCCUGAAUCAUCGCCACCCACGACCUCUAUAAAUUCAGGAGCGUGACGAGGAAGAGGGAGAUAGGGCGAGAGAAGGUCUGGAGAGAGAGGAUUUCAUUUCAAAACGAAAAGAUGGCAGCAAUGGAAGAUGACUCGUGCAGGAGGGCGGGCUCGAUACCGUUCAAGUGGGAGGUCUGCCCUGGGACGCCGAAGCACACGAGGAGCGCGAGCGCCGCGGCGGCGGCAUCGCCCGCCAAGGUGGCGCCCAAGCUGACGCUGACGCCGCCUCCCUCCAUGGCGUCGUCGCCGUCGCCGUAUUACCACCACUCGGCGGCUUCGUCGCCUCGCGUCACCUCCGCGCGCUCGGCGUCGGUGUCACCUUCCCGGCGCCGGUCCUACGCGUAUGCCGGCGGUCACCGCCGAGCGCCGCCCACCGCCUUCAUCGACGCCGCGCCUCGGCCAGCGGCGAAGGAGUACGGCAGCGCCGCGCCUGAGCCAGAUACGGCGGCGUUUGGGUGCUUCGCUCUGCCUAUGCUCCGGAGGAAAGGCAGCAAGAAAGGCGCCGGCCUCGGGUCCGCGUCCAGCUUCAGCUCCAGCUCCAGCUCGUCUGGAGGCAGCUUCAGGUCGGACGGCGGAGGGCUGGGGAUGCGGCGGUCGGCGUCGAUCUCAUCGGCCUCGUCGUUACCACUGCCGCCCGGGAGGAGGUACGCCGCCCAAGCGAGGGCGGAGGUGGAUGCUGCAACUGGCCGUGGCUGGUACUUUUGACUAUUGUGUUUUGACUGGACGGCGACCGGCCGGCACGACACGAGCGCUGCCCAGCAUUGUUGAUGAAAUUUAGGAGGAGGAUAUAACUUUGUGUGAUGAGAUGACGAGGUUUGAGAUCUCAACUUUUGUGAAAAACUAGAUGGUUGCUGCGGAAAUUUAUAGCUUUUAUCAUGGUAUCUCAAAAGUAACAAUUCAAGUUGGCGCUUCUGUAAUAAGGCAAUACUUGUUCGAAAUUGAUGUGCACACGACAUGUAGUGUCUGAUGUGCAGCCGAUACAAACUCUCCACCGUGAAAUAAGUGAUUCAACUUUACAUUACAACUCCAUUGAAAUCGGGACCUUUAUCAACAGUGGGCUACUGCGGCAUACUUUGAAGGAGGAGGUCGUGGGUUCAAAUCACA